AGCCUGUUCAGUCAAUUAGGGGAUGGAGGAGUGGAUCGAGCUCUUGUGAAAAUGGAUCUUCCCUGAGCCGCAAUCAACGCUCCUGUCGGUGAGCAGUGUCGGAGUGGGAGUGCAGGGAGCUAACACUUCAUCAGUGUGUUGCAGAGGGACAGAAGGAGGGAGGAUACGUUUCUCCAAUUAGAAAACGCCUCCCUCCUUUGGAAUCGGUGCAGACUGACCCCUAACUUGGAUAUAAAACUGAAGCAGAAACAGACCAGUUCAGAACUGCCCACCUCCUGCACAAUAACAGAAUGGGAUUUACCUUUUAAUCGGGAGAAAAGAGGCAGCACAAUCACAUUCGCUUGGCUCAACCCAGCAGGACAGGACAAGGAAGAGAGCUGUGGCUAUAAUAAUUUUAUGAUCAGUCCACAAUAUCGACGGGAUGAUCGUGUAACUGAGCAAUUUGUCCAGUCUUUAUAGACACAUGGUGAAGUAGAGUAGGUCUUGGUGUGUGCUGCCCCUCAGACUGACUAUGGGUGUUCUAAUGUCCAAGAAGCAGACAGUGGAGCAGGUGCAGAAGGCCAGUGUGGUGGUGUCGGCUUUCAAAGACGGGCUGAAGGACAAGGGGUCAACCAGGAACCGGGCUGAGCCACCCCGGAGCAAGCCAGAGGUCGAGGAGACUAGUCAAGGACAGGACGAGGAGCUGGCUGGAGGAUUGGAGCCCAAGACACAGGAGGCAAAGAAGAACCAGGCAGCUUGGGAGAGGCUGAGGGACGGCAAAGGAGUGGAGCCUGAGGAUCUGGAGUGGAAUGACCGGGCUACUCCACCCGCCUUCAAUAGGCCCAAAAGACAACUUGGAGAUGACGAGUCGAUUGAUAUUAACCUGCAUGAGAAAGAGGAGGUGGUCAAUGACGAGAUGUGCGAUGUCUGUGAGGUCUGGACAGCGGAUGAUCUUUACCCCUGCAGGAUCUGCACCCGUGUCUUUCAUGAUGGUUGCCUGCGGCGCAUGGCCUGCCUCAGCCCCAGCAGCAUCCAGGAGCUGAAGGAAUCUGCCCACACUACGGUGGGCUGGAGCUGCCAAUAUUGUGAUAAUGUGAACCUGCUGCUGACUGAUGAGGAGAUGUUUAGUUUGAAGGAAGUUUUCCGACAAUGCAGGAUCAUCCCAGAGUCCUGCCUGACACUGGAUGAUUUUCUGCAUUACAAACACUACAUUCACAAGCAGAUCUUUGACGAACAGAUGAAUGAGGAGAAGGAGGAAUUAGUUGUGUUGCAGUUUUCUGCUCUGGAUGGUGAUAAGAAGGGCCAGGUGGAGUGGACAGACUUCCUGUAUCACGAGUCAUUACUGGUAUUGCAGAGGUUCCGAUCCGAGAACUCCUUGCUGAGACUGCUGACAGCCAAGGAGCACGUGCGAGCUCGGAGCUGCUUCCUGAGCCUGGAUCAAAACCAAACGGGCUUAAUCACUGGGACUGAAUGUAGGAGAGCACAGAAUUCCUGGUUCUGCAAAAAUUCCAAGGAGUCGCAGUCCUGCAAUGUCAGCAUUAGUCAUGUUGGGCCCAUCUCUGAGAGUAGCCCAGCCAGCAGAGGGCGUGGGAGGGCACAGGAGAAGACCCUGCUCAGCCGGGAGCAGGAAGAGAACAGGCGCGUAGACUGGAAGACAUUCCUGAGGGAAAACGCGAUCUACAUCCUCGCUGCUCGGCCCAACAGCGCUGCCAUACACCUCCGACCCACCAUCUAAUACUGAGAAGACAGGGGCAUUGGUGGACAGCCCAUUUUCAUCCUCCUCAUCCUCUCCCAAUAUCAACUCCCCAACCCCACUCCCCACCCCCUUCCACAUACCCUCCCAAUCUUAAUCCCCACCCCAUUCCCCAACCCUCCCAAAUCCAUUCCCACCCCCACUCCUCCCACCACCAAUUUCCCACUCCCUCCCAACCCCCUUCAAACUCUCCUGUUCCCUCUCCCAACUGCCUCAAUCCUCUGCCCACCCCAGUGCGCACACCUUCUCAAACCUCUGCCUACCUGACUCCUUCCCCACUCGCUACUCCCUCGCAAACCCAGUCUCCACCUCAGCAAGUUCUCAGACUGGAGAUCAGUAACUAAUUGAGUGAGAGGUGUGCACUGUCUUGUUGACACCUGUUCCUCACCCUCCUGAAGCAUUGCUGUGUUGAAUUCACCCAAAUAUUUGGUCCUCUAUAAUUCAUGUACAUAAAGACAGCCCAGGCAGUCUGAUAGACCAACGUGUGAGGUAAAUGUCAGCAAUUCAUGAUGGGCCGUUUGGAACUGAAAAGCUAUGCCAUUUGACUGAGCUUAAAUAUUCACUAAUCCACUGCAGGAUAUCGCUCUCCCUUAUAGUCAGCCAUCAUAUUAGUGUAUUUAUUGAUGAAAACCAACUAAUAAGCAAAGUCCCAAUUUCUCUGUUCCUCCAGGUACACUCUCUUCCCCCCUAUCAUUGACCUUAACCCCCCAUUUAAUCCCCCUCCCACAGCCCCGUGUACACUCUCUCCUCC